AUGUAUGGCUUGUUAUUAGACGGAUUACGCAAUUUCAUUGUAACUAAAUGGUCUUCAGAUAUCUGGGUAGAAAUAUGCAAACAAGGCGGAUCUCCAGAUUUACAAUUUGAAACACGUAAAAUUUAUGAUGAUGCCUUGCUGCCAAGAUUAUUUGAAGUGUGCGCCGCUGUCCUGAAUGAACCAAUAGAUGAUGUAAAAUUCGGUAUGGGUUUAACAUUUGUUGAAUAUGUCGGGAAUAAAGGCUAUCAAGGCAUAUUAAGGGUACUUGGUCGUGAACUUCGCGAUUUUCUUAAUGGUCUGGAUAAUUUACACGAAUUUCUACGAUCAACAUAUCCAAAAAUUAAGCCACCAUCAUUUUUCUGUGUGAAUGAAAGUAAAACCGGCAUUACACUGCAGUAUCGUUCACAUCGUCCGGGAUUUGUACCAUUUUUCUGUGGAUGGAUGACAGAAUUAGCCAGAGUUGUAUAUCAAAAAGAAAUGAAUAUUGAAAUUGUUGGACAUAAAGAUCGUGGUCAACAGACUGAAACAAUUCUACGAUUACAUUUUCAAAAUCAUUCAUUUUCAAAUGUUGAAGAAGAAUUACCAGUUCCAGCUAUUGUCUUUUUUGAAGCAUUUCCUUUCAAUUUUGUAUUUAAUCGUGGUAUGAAAUUAUUAAAUAUUGGAAGAAGUAUGGUGAAUGCAUUGCCCAAUAUAGUUGGCAGAAAUGUUACAGAAAUAUUUGAAUUAUCCAGGCCUGUUAUACCAUUUACAUGGGAUGAUGUAAGUUAA